GCCCCUUGUCUCCGCGGCUCCUCUGCUCAGUCCGCCCGGGGAGGAGGAGGAGGAGCGGGGCCAGCCGCCGCCGCCGUCGUCCCAGCCUCGCCCCGCGCACCUGAGCUCGCCGCGUCGCCCCGGGACCCCGCGCCGCGCCCCGCGCCCCGGGCGCCCUGCCCGCGCGCAGCGCUGCCUCGGUGCCCCUGCGGGGCGCGUCCCCCGGGCCGCCUCCCGCUCUCCCGCGGCUCGCGUGGCCGCGCCUUUGUGUGCGGCGGUCGCGGCUCCCGGGCUCCUCUGCUCGGGUCGCGGCGCCCCUCCAGCCCCGAGUCGCUCGCGCCGCCCGCGGGCAACCCUGGCCGGGCGCCCCCGACGGUGGAUCUAGCUGCUUCGAGGAGGCGGGCACCCGCCCCGGCGAGCCCCAGCCCCGGCCCCCCGGCCCCGGGCCCGGCUCCGGCAUGGAUGUGAGGUUCUACCCCGCGGCGGCCGGGGACCCCGCCGGCCUGGACUUCGCACAGUGCCUGGGGUACUACGGCUACAGCAAGUUUGGAAAUAACAGUAACUACAUGAAUAUGGCUGAGGCAAACAAUCCUUUCUUUGCAGCCAGUGAGCAGACAUUCCAUACGCCAAGCCUGGGGGAUGAGGAGUUUGAAAUCCCCCCUAUCACGCCUCCUCCGGAGUCAGACCCCGCCCUGAGCAUGCCUGAUGUUCUACCUUUUCAAGGCCUCAGCGAUCCUUUGCCUUCCCAGGGAAGUGAAUUCACACCCCAGUUUCCCCCUCAAAGUUUGGAUCUUCCUUCGAUUACCAUCUCAAGAAAUCUCGUGGAACAAGAUGGGGUGCUCCAUAGCAGUGGGUUGCAUAUGGAUCAGAGCCACGCGCAAGUUUCACAGUACCGUCAGGAUCACUCCUUGAUCAUGCGGUCCAUCGUCCACAUGACCGAUGCUGCUCGCUCCGCCAUCAUGCCUCCUGCCCAGCUCACUACUAUCAACCAGUCUCAGCUCAGCGCCCAGUUGGGGUUGAAUUUGGGAGGUGCCAGUAUGCCCCACACGUCCCCUUCACCUCCAGCAAGCAAGUCAGCAACCCCCUCCCCUUCCAGCUCCAUCAAUGAAGAGGAUGCUGAUGAUUCCAACAGAGCCAUUGGAGAGAAAAGAGCCGCUCCAGAUUCUGGCAAGAAGCCCAAGACUCCAAAGAAAAAGAAAAAGAAAGAUCCAAAUGAGCCACAGAAGCCAGUGUCAGCAUAUGCCCUGUUUUUCAGAGACACACAGGCUGCAAUUAAAGGUCAAAAUCCCAAUGCAACCUUUGGAGAGGUCUCCAAAAUUGUAGCGUCGAUGUGGGACAGUCUUGGAGAAGAACAAAAGCAGGUGUAUAAAAGGAAAACGGAAGCUGCCAAAAAGGAGUACCUGAAGGCCCUGGCUGCCUACAGGGCCAGCCUCGUUUCUAAGGCUGCCGCUGAAUCUGCAGAAGCACAGACCAUCCGCUCUGUGCAGCAGACCCUGGCAUCCACCAACCUGACGUCUUCCCUCCUUCUAAGCCCUCCGCUGUCCCAACAUGCAGCAGUGUCCGCCUCACCCCAGACCCUCCAGCAGCCGCUCCCCAGGUCCAUCGCUCCCAAGCCCCUCACCAUGAGACUCCCCAUGAGCCAGAUUGUCACAUCAGUCACCAUCGCAGCCAACAUGCCAUCGAACGCUGGGGCCCCUCUGCUCAGCUCCAUGGGAACGGCCAUGGUCGGCUCGGCACCCCCCACCCAGGUGAGCCCCUCGGUGCAAACCCAGCAGCAGCAGAUGCAGUUGCAGCAGCAGCAACAGCAGCAGCAGCAGAUGCAGCAGAUGCAGCAGCAGCAGCUCCAGCAGCAUCAGAUGCAUCAGCAGAUUCAGCAGCAGAUGCAGCAGCAGCAUUUCCAGCACCACAUGCAGCAACACCUGCAGCAGCAGCAGCUCCAGCAGCAAAUCAACCAGCAGCAGCUGCAGCAGCAACUGCAGCAGCAUCUACAGCUGCAGCAGCUGCAGCAUCUGCAGCAUCCCUCGCAGGCUUCCCCACGACAGUCCUCGCCCGCCACGCCCCAGCUCACAUCCCCCAUCCCCACCAUUGCCAGCCCCCAGCCCGCGCCCCCGCAGCACCAGUCGCAAAUACAGCCUCAGACUCAGACUCAAGUAUUGUCGCAGGUCAGUAUUUUCUGAAGACGCGGAGCCGACAUUGGGUGCACCGCGUGGCGAGGCGGGAAGCCGGUGAGGCCAAGCCUGCAGGCGCUGGUGGCCACGCGGACGCGCGGACCCUGGGUCCUCUCAGUGCCUAUCAGAUAGGCAGUACCAAGCGCAGCGCGGCCGGGCACGCUCCUCCGGCCAACUCUAAACCGCCCUGUUUUUAAGCAAGAAAAGCUGUGCUCUUUUCUGUGAUGCCUUUUUUAUUUAUUCAGGCUAUACCUACAAUAUGUGAAUCACACUGUUUAAUAAAUCCGGGGACAUUCUGGUCACCAUAAACUGGCCUCUCUGAGUCACAGAAAACGGCCUUAUUUCUCCGGAAGUGAAGAAACCCACACUUCGAGGCUAUUUGAACUUCCGAAGCCCUAAAACUAAAAAGCACAGUUGUAAUUACCUGGAACACGAAGAUCCAGUUUCAUACAAACGUUUGUAUGACGAAAAUAGUCGAUGGCAUUUUUUUGUCAUGAAAAAAAAAUGUAAAUCACAGACUUUUGCCAAAGCUCUUAUUUUUUUCCUAAAUCUCUCCAGAAAAAAAAAAAAAAAAGAACAAGUGAUUAGAUCCAAUUCUUGACUCAUUUCCACUUUUUUAACCCAGGACUUCUCAAAUCAAACCACAGUAUAUGUCGUAACAAUAACUGUGACCACUGUUAGCCCAUUAUAUCCAUUCCAAUUAGAGGAAAGAAUGUGAAUACUAUAUUCUGUGUUUUGAGUGACAAGUUUCGAAAAAUAAAAACACUGUAUUUUUAAAAGGGAAAUGCACUUAAAUGAAAACGGUUAUUACAAAAGUUAAGAUUAAAAAAAAAGACACAAGAGUUUUUAUUAUGUUGUAAAACUGGUAGAAUAUUUAAAAGGCACCCCACCUCUGAAUAAUCAAUGUAAAUAUUUUCUUUCAAAGUUGUAAGUUUUCAUAUCAUGUGUUGUAAAGUUUUCAUAAACGAGGCUUUAACGUAAACACUGGUGACACAAACCGUUCAUUGCUACGUUGCUUAUUGUGUUUUUAUGCUGUUUUAUACUUUUUUAUGAGUUAUGAUAGCAGCUAUUAAGUUGUUUGUAUUUUGCUUAACUAAAACAAAAAUGCUUUUAUCUUGCUAUAGAAUAAACACAUUUCAGUACAAACUGUGGACUGUAUUUUGAUGCAACAACCAGGAACUGUUCACUUUUCAAAUAAAAUGAUAUGUCGAAUUUCA